CCCAGCUUGCUUGCUAUCCAUGCUUUGAGGUGCCUGUGACCGGUGAGGGUGGUGCAUGUGCAACCCAGAAUGAAGGACUUGUUGCCUUUUUCUCGAUUUAUAUUAUGCCCGCACUACUUUCUGUCUUUUUCAUGAUAACUAGCAACACAAUAAAUUGUUAAAAUUACCAACCGCGACUAUUCUAUUACAUUGAUUACUACCAUGAUCCAGCCUAGAAAAGGUCCCGAGAAUGCCACUACCAAUGAGCUCUACGCUUGUCCUUACUGUCCCGACCAGACAUUCCUUAAGGGCAACGCUCUCUGGGACCAUGUGCAAAGCCGUCACUCAAAGCAGCUGAUCAAUCUAAACGUGAACUCGCACGCGUCUAGAGCACUUUUUCGGAGGCUGAUAUGCGAGGAAGCAGCGCACAAAGCCAGGAAUAGAAGUCCCGGAAACCCAGGUUCUCGUCAGCCCAGUUUACCAGCAGUAGAAGAUAUCGACACUCCCACAAUCGCAAAAAGUGAGCCCGGUGACCCAGAGUUUUCUGCCGAUGAUUGGCAACCCAAACUACUCUUGCAGCCAGACUCUAGACCCAUCUUACCAUCGCAACUUGCGGCCAAAGUAAAGAACAUCUAUGCAGGUCUUGUAAAGCUCGAAAACAAAUGCAUUAGCGAGGAUAAAGCCCAAGCGGCUGCGUCCCAAGAGCAGCUGACGCCUCAGCGCUGGCAAGAUCUCAUUUCACUACACAGUAUGCUGCUCUAUGAGCAUCACGACUUCUUCCUUGCCUCCCAGCAUCCAUCAGCAACCCCAGCUCUUCAGCAGCUUGCUCUCAAGUAUUCCAUGCCCGCUCGAAUGUGCAAGCACGGUAUACACUCGUUCCUCGAGCUACUCCGCAAACAUCUUCCAAAAAGCCUUGAAUUCAUGCUAUGCUAUACCCACAUCGCAUAUAAGAUGGUUGCACUAUUACACGAGACAGUACCUAUUUUUCGCGAUACAUGGACUGAACACCUUGGCGAUAUUAGUAGGUAUCGUAUGGCCAUUGAGGACGAAGAUAUGCCUUACCGUGAGGCCUGGGCUGCUAUCGGUCGUUCAUGGUAUGGCGAAGCCGUGGACAAGAACCCUACCGUUGGUCGCUUGUAUCACCACUUGGCCAUUCUCGCCCGUCCAGAUGCCCUACAGCAGCUGUUUCACUAUUCGCGCUCCCUUGCAUGUAUUCAGCCUUUUACGGGUACCCGAGAUUCAAUCAUCAUGACAUUACUUGGCCGGACGCAUACAGCUCACGCGCAUACAGCCGAUAUUGACACGAUUUACAUCAAGGCUCACGGCAUACUGAUUACCAAAGAAUGUCUUGAGACAUUUGAUGCUACUACUGAUGAUUAUCUCCGCCAGUUGGACCCUCAUAUCGGUCGGGUCUCUGCAAAAUGGGGAGAUCAAGGCAUAUAUGUCGCUGUAAUAAACAUCUCCAGUCUUUUUAACCACGGAGAAGAAGGUUCCAUCCUUCGUAAGUAUUUUGACAUCAGGUUUAAAAGAGAAAUCGAGGCUCUCACCCGACCGCAAGGCGGCCCAAACGAUGAUAACGUUAGACCUAUCACGCCACCGCCAGAGGAAGAUACGGCAGACGUCCUUGCUCGUCAGCUUGAGCUUGUUGCGCAACCGACUUUCGCUUAUGCUUUACGCAUCACGUUCUCUACUUUCAGGUUGACUCUUCAACGCAUUGGAGACAAGAAUGUCUUUCCGCAUAUCCAUUGUUUGCUUGUCUUUCUAACCAGGGUUUCCUCCCUUAACUACGACUGCUCGGCUAUCUUCGAGCAUGUGCCGUGGGAAGCCCUUGCCGAUUUCCUAAACACGCUCGCGAAAACUGAUAACAUAGAAUUGCCUAUAGAACGACUCGACUUUCCGCAACAAGAUGCUGCUGACAAGCGACCCCUUCCGGAAGAUUAUCUUAUUAGGGGCCAAAUAUGGAGCCUUAAUUAUUUCCCGGACACUUGGUUUGAGACUCUUAUUGAUGAGGAUGAGCGACACCUUGAGCUUGCCUCAACGCAUAGAUCAAGAAUUGAGCACAUCCUCUGGCUUGGAAUGCGUCUGGUAUCUGUAAAGUGUACGCUGUCCACAUGUGAAGUAUCUACUAAGCAUUUUCAGGAGAACGGUGCGCUUCAUUUUGACCACAAUAAGCACACAUGGGCUGCUAAUGGAGCUGUUUCCCCAAAGCACGACUUCACGAGGUCGCAGCCCAUUCAACUCCGCAGAAACGAAGAAUUGAUUGGGCCUCCGAAUGUUUCAGCUGACCUAGUUAUGACUGGGGAUGUAUCGACCACUACUCUCUCGGAUAUUUAUGAUCCACUCCUCGAGUCCACUGAGAAGAGCAGCCAUACCAGUAACAUGCCGACUAUCAAGAAGGUCAUCGUUCGUAAUUAUACAGUCAUUAUUUGCGAAACAGACAUGCUCCUUUCCCAAACCGAUGUCUUUGUCCUGCUAUUAAGUAAUGGAGACUGGCGCGUGCUCAUCCCAGAAGACGGUACUGUACCCUUCAUCAGAUAGAUCGUAGUGCUGAGAACUUCUAGUCAUUGCUAACUUGCAUGCUUAUGCUCAUGCGAUGGAAAACGACACACGAAGAGUACAAGCAGAACAGGCUCUGACAAGCAUCAACACGGCAUUAUCGCAGGGGAAAAAGCUUUCGA